AUCAAAGCUUACUUCCUUGACUUGCUCUCAUUCCCUCUGUCUCUUCAGUGUGUGUAGAGUCCAGUGUGGAGAAUUCAAGUGAAUAAGGAAGGACCAUGCCUCUGUCUAAACCAGAGAAGCUGUUAGAACAUGAGCUCAGCUGCCCUAUCUGCCUGCAGCUCUACACGGAUCCCGUGUAUCUGCCCUGUGGCCAUAACUACUGCCUGGCCUGCAUUCAGAAGGCUACAGAUGUCAGCGGUGGAGAGAAGAGCCUGCCUCAAUGCCCUGAGUGCAGAGAAGAGUACGGCGGUACAGAGACACUGCAAAGGAACUUCAAGCUCUGCGGCAUCAUAGAAGGCUACAAGGCCGUUGCGCCAGCAGACCACCUGAAGAGAGAGCCGCUGAAGGUGCGCUGUGACCACUGCCUGGACUUAGAGACACUGGCCAUCAAGACCUGCCUAAAGUGUGAGGUGUCCCUGUGUGCCAGGCACCUGCAGCACCACACUGAGAGGGAGUCCUUCAGGACCCAUGACUUGGUGGAGCCCCAGACUGAGCUGGGCCAGAGAGGUUGUGCCAUCCACGGACGCCUGCUGGAGUACUUCUGCGCCAGCGACAUGACCUCUCUCUGUGCCAACUGCUUCAUUGAGGGCACCCACCAGAAUCAUGAUGUCCUGACAUUUGAGGCAGCCGAGGAGGAAAUGAGGCGGGCCCUGGAGAUUCAGAGCAAGGCGGUGGCCAACAGGCUGCAGCUGACCGAGACCCUGCUACAGAGGGCUGCUGAGGACCAGGGCACCUCUGAGGCUGUGGGAGACAAGCUGCUGUCCAAGUCUGUGGAUUUGAUGGACAGCAUGGCCGGCCUGGUGAGCAGGUACAAGGACAGGAUGAGCCUGCUGCUGGAAAAGGAGAGAGGCCAUCAGAGGGAGAGCUGGCAGAGUGGCCUGGGGCUUCUAGAAGAACAGAAGCAGCAGCUGAUGGAGGCCCACCAGCGCACCACUGAGGCCCUCACAGAGACAGAGAAGUGUCUGUUCAUCAACAGGUUCCUGCUAAUUGAGCCCCAGCUCAGGGAGGUCAUGACGGGUACCGUGGCCAGAGUGCCCAACAAGGUCCCUCUGAACCCCAAGCGGCUCCAGGCCAGCCUGAGGAUGGAGGACUUCAGGGCAGAGAUGGCCCGGCUCCUCCAGUCUCUCCACGUCCUGCUAAACCCUCUGGAGCUGACCUUUAACCUCAGCACAGCCCACACCAGCCUGCUGCUCUCCAACGACCUGCAGACAGUCAAAUACAGCGGUACCAAGCAGGCCUACGCUGAUAACCCAGAGAGGUUCAGUACCGCACCCCAGGUCCUGUGCUCCCAGGGCUUCACCAGUGGGGAGCACAUCUGGGUGGUGGAGGUGGGCGACCAGAGCAUGUGGUCAGUGGGCUUGUGCUACAAGAGCAUGCCCAGGAGGGGUGACCACAGCCGGCUGGGGCAUAACCCGGCCUCCUGGCGUUUGCAGUGGAAGAACAAGAAGCUGACGGCGUGCCAUGCCUCCUCAAACGUGGCGCUGGCGGAGAUGGCCAAUCAGCCACUGAGGGUGGAGGUGGCUCUGGACUAUGAGGGGGGAACACUGAUCUUCCACAGCACCAAGGACCGUCGGGAACAUCUGCACACGUUCAGGGCUGUGUUCAGAGAGGCUGUGUACCCUGCGUUCAGCAUCCUCUCCACCAGAGAACAGUCCUGGAUCACGCUACAGAGUGGAGUGUAACCCUCCCUCAGCCUCCCACUUAGUCCACCUGGGCUUGAAAUGCCUUUGCUUCUGACUAACCAAAGAAAUACCUUACUGAUUAUUAUGAUUAUUACGGAUAAAUAUAUGGGUAAAAUGGGUAAAUCUAAAUCUCUGUUUGAAAACAUCUAUGAAUAUUCAAAAAUGUGUUCCAUGCUAGUCCUUUAGUUGCUCCUUUUUGUUGCACAGUCCAUCAUCAGUCAUUGUCAGUAUAGAUGUAUCUUGUUAUUCACAAUGAAAGGAAUGCCAGCUUCUGAUUGAGUUUGGUGCAUGGCUAAAUUCAGUAAAUAGCCAUAUCUAUGUGGUGUUAUGCUAUUUAGGUGUUUUAGAGCUGAUAUAGUGCAAAAAUAAUCUGCCAUAGUACAUGUGAAUAUCAGCUACUUUAUUUUCAAAUUUGACAGUUGUUGACAACAUGUCAAGAAAUGUGUGCGUUGUAAUUUUAUUUGAAAAUCAGUCCACUUUGGAAUCAUAAUGUACAGAAUAAACAGUUAUAUUGCUAUUGUGCUUUGCUGAUUUGUUGUCUUUGAUUCAAGGCUUGUAUUGCUGAAUCUGCACAGUCCUUCGUUUGUUGUCAAAAUUCCAUGUCUUUGCAUCCUACAUGCACACAAACUUGUGCAUUGGCCCAACAACCUACUAUCAGGAGCUAAUACUAUGAAAGAUUUAACGGGUAGAAAUAAAAAUGAGCAACAGGAUGUAGGUCCACAGUUCAUUUUAGUUUAAGGCUUUGUUCUGUUGUAAGCAGACACCAAAGAUCAUUUUUGGCAAAAGCUCUAAAACUAUGCAAAUGGUAUUCUCCAUCACUAAAUACAUUUUUAUUGAUGUAGUGGUAUUGUGUUCGAAUUAUUGUUGAUGCACUGUCUAUUUAAGCAGAUUAUAUUUGUGUACCUGUUUUUCAAAUCACUACUGUAAGUCAAAUAAAUCACAGUGUGUGCUUAUUUAAUGAAAAUAA